AUGAGCUUGGGUGGAGGCCAGGCGUUUAUUGUCUCUCAACCCAGGGAACGUGGCCAUUUCGAUCAUGAACCAGGGAGCAUUGAGACUUCGUAUGGGUCAUUGCUUGGAGGAAUCGUGGAGCAAAAGAACCAUGAUUAUUUCAGUUCUAGUGCAUCUAUACAUAGCAUGUAUGAGGGAUGGUUUUUGGAGGAAGGAGAUUGGUGGACUUGGUCCAUGGAGGGGAAGAAGAAUGGUGGUGCUGAAGUGUACUCCACUAGCUGCAAGAGCUAUCUAGCGGGUAUGAAUGGAGGCAGGGAGUUGAUGAUGAAUUUGGUAGGGAACACGUGGUUGCUGUUGAUUGUGACAGUGUGGAGGGGUUGCCGCCGAUGCUUGCGGAAUAUGGGAGGGAUACAUGUGAUUCAUUGUUAUUGCAUGGGGGAUCUCCUGAACGUAGAUGAGAGCAGGGAUAUGAGAGCUAAUAGGGAGCAUCUUGCUCAUGGAGAAGGGUCAGUAUGCGUUGGCGGAUCUGUUCGACAGAGCGCUAUUGGAAGUCUUGCAAACGUAAGAAGUAUCAUUCAAUGCUCAGUAUCGUCUAAAAUAAGCGGAGAAAUUUCUUCUAUGUUCAUCCAGGUUGAGUACAUUGAAGAUGUUGAAUGUGUACCAGAUGGAGGAGUUGUACCACAUCGAUCAGACACUAAGGAGCCUCCUGCAUGA